ACUGUCUUGUCUCCGCACGGUUUUCUCUCCUCUCCAUCAUUAGGGUUUUACGGCGGCUUUUUUCCAUUCUUUCCGGCAAAUCUAUUCAACUGCGCGCAUUGCACUUCUAAAAAUGGCAUCUUCGGAGGACGACGGCGUCGACAUGGCUGAUAGCUCUGAACAAAAUUGGGAAGACGAUGAUGACGCUAUUGACACCACUGAAUCUGAUCAGGACUUCUAUUUAGCUAUCAAACCUCAGUCUAGUCAGUCGUUCUGCGAGUAUGAUUUUAAGACUGCCCCUUAUCACAACGGAGGGAUCAAAGCUUCUGAAUUUCCUGAAGACAUCUUAAGUAAAGUGGAUAUGAAGAUCAAAGAUGUGGCGAAGAGACAUGUACUUCCUAUCCUCCCCGCUAAAUCAUUAAUGAAGUUUCGAGCAGUGUCUAAAGAAUGGAAUCAGUGGAUCGCUAGUCCAUUAUUAGCGUACCAGCAAAGCUUUUCAUUCCAGAAACUUUCAGGCUACUUUUUCCAAAGGGUGGAUGAUCAAUUUGAUCCUAAUCCUUCCAUUGGUUUCAUGUCUCUGGAUCGUUCUGCUAAUGGAGUCCCCAGUCCUUCCCUUGAUUUCUUGCCCGAAAGGGUCAAAGUCCUAAGUUGUAGCAGCGGCUUGCUCCUUUGUCAAGGGUGGGACAGUUAUUAUGUUUGCAAUCCUGCAACCAAAGACUGGAAAAUGCUCCCUCCUCCACAAUAUUAUCAUGGGUCUGAUCCAGCAGUUGUUCUUGCAUUUGAUCCUCAGUGUAAUAUUGAAGCAUUUUAUCAAGUUAUCGCUGCUGUCCUUCUUCUUGGUAAUCCAGUUGUCUGCUUUGAGAUUUACUCUUCUGAAUCAGAUUCUUGGAGUUGCUCUUCUUCAGAUUGUCUUGAGUUGGAAAAUAGCACAAGUCUUGAGGGUGGAGGAUCUUAUAUCAAAGGGGUGGCUUACUGGAAUACGUCAUCAAAUGAAGUGCUAGCAUUCGAUGUGAAAAAUGAGAUCCCGGCAGUUCUGAAUGUACCUGACCAAUCUGAGGGAGACGGUGGUGCCUUAACGCUAAUAGGAGACGAGGUAUGCUAUGUUACUGCUUAUAAUGACAGUGGAGAUGUUUUCGUUAUAGAUAUCUAUGGAGGCAUGGACAUGAGCCUGAAGCGUAGUGUCAACGUGAAUCUUGAAAGUAAGAAGCCACGUACUGAUCAAGUGUGUCGGAUACCCAAUGACCCUUGUUCUGUAGUGUGCUGUGAGAUCCUUCCCUCUUUUGACAGUGACACUGUGGUGAUCCAUACCGAUGAAAAGAUAUAUUUUUAUCACUUGAAAGAGCAGAAGGUUGAGACCGUGGCGAGUCCAGGACCAGUGGAUUACCAUAAGAGGUUUUUACCCUACAUAAACAGCCUCGCUAUGGUACAUGCAUGAGCUGAAGAAGUAGUAGUGUCCUUUGAUGAUAUUCUAGGGGUUGCUGUCUAGUAGAAGAAUUGUUUCUUUCUUUGAAGCAUAGGGAACUCUUUAAUUAGAGAUAUUUAUGUUUG